GGUGGGGGCGAGGGAGGGGGCGAGGGCGGCUCUCACUCCUCUGCUCUCCUCUCUUCCCUCCCUCUCGGUACCCCCGCCUCCGACCUUCGCUGCUGCCCCGCUGCGGGAUCGCGUCUUGGACCGGCCCGUCCCUUAAGAAGUGGUGAGGGGGGCCCGGCCAUGGAGACCCUCGUGCGCCCUGGGGCCAGCAAGCCUCCCACCGGGAAAAGAAUGAAAGCUCGUGCUCCUCCUCCACCAAAUCAACCUUCUGCAGCAAGUAGAAUUCACAAUGAGCGCAAGUCCUCUGCAGAGACAGCUGUAAUUUCUGAUCAGAACCUCGUGAGCAUGAAGGAGAACAUGAUAAACAGAUUGGUGGACUUCACAGUCAUUUUACCCAGCGGGGCAGAGCAGAAGAACACAGUACAAGGAAGUAAAGCUGUGAUGGAUGUAUUGGUUGAUUUAUGCAGCCAGUAUCACUUAAAUCCAUCCCAACACAGUCUUGAACUGAAGUCUUCGGGAACUCACCAAGUUCUGAGUUACAAGCCAAACACUUUGAUAGGAGCACUGGACGUAGAGACAGUACUUCUGAAAGAGAAGGUUCCUGAAGAGAAGGCAAAGCGACCUCUACCAAGAGUCCCUGAGAAAUCUGUGAGGCUGGUAGUGAACUACCUGAAGACACAGAAGGCUGUGGUUCGAGUUAGUCCAGAGGUGCCUCUCCACAACAUCAUCCCAGCUAUUUGUGAGAAGUGUGAAGUCAGUCAAGAGCAUAUUGUUCUUCUGAGAGAUGGCAUAACUGGAGAGGAACUGGAGCUUACCAAGUCCUUGGAGGAGCUGGGGAUAAAGGAGCUGUAUGCCUGGGACAGGAAAAAAGUUCCUCCAUCAAAAACUCAGUCUGAACCUUCUCUGAACUAUAGAGAACCAAACCGAAAGGCUUCAGUAAGCAAUGAUGCAAUAGAAAGAGAAAAGACACGACUUCUGGGAUUGUUUAACGCUGAUAGAAGAAGUAGCAAGGGUUUUUCCACAGCACCAAAUUCCCCUUCGGUGAAUUCUCGUUCCAGUAGCCUGGGUCCAUCAAUAUCACAAGGAGCAUCCCUGAAUGAUUUAAGGAAAAAGAAGAGGCGUGCCCCUCUUCCACCAACUGCAUCUGCUCCACCCACUCCUGCCAUGCCAAACAGGACAGAAGAUAGGGAAGACAAGAGAAAGAGCACAAUGGGUGAUGGACGGCGGGUGCCACAAAAGCCUCCUAGAGGCACCACUCGUGGUCCCCCCCAGUUAGUGAUCCCCCCACCCCCACCUUACCCUCCUCCUGGCAGUGACAUUGUGGAUCCAACAGAGUGUUACAGAGAAGCAGAUGUUACAGCGCCAACAGAGCUGGUACCUAAACAGAGCCUGCUGUCUGCACAUGAUAAUGUUUAUGUAGUGGAUGACACAGUUCUGGAGCUAUCAGAGGUGGAAGAAACGGCAUCAGAAAGCAGCUGUUUUGCAUCUGAGGACACCACAGAGGACUCGGGUGUUGUGAGCUCCCCAUCUGACAUUGUGUCUUUGGAUUCACAAAAUGACAGUAUGAAGCUGAGAGACAUCAAGCUGGUCAAUGGUUACAUGGACUCAGCUGAGGCAGAUGCGAUGUGUGGCUCAGAGACAUGUCCUGUGAAGAACACCUCCUGCGAUAACGUGGGAUCUGAUAGUGCUCCACAGAGCAGACAAGAUGAAGCAAUGGCUUUGGCUAAGCAUGACAAUGAAGAUACAUUCAUUGAAGCACAACUCCAGCAGACUUUGGCUGACCUGGAUGAAGAUUUAGAAGCGGUGGACGGUAUGAGUAACUCUGACUCUGACUACAUCAAUGAAGCAUCGAACCCACAUAUAAGAAAAGUUGAGGCUGCCCAAGAUGUUUCCAUUUCUGUUCCAGUAACAGUCAUAGACGAUGCUCCAGAAGUUAGCACCUCUAACUCAGAUGAAAAUCAAGAGAUGGAGAUGAGGGUUCCACAAAAUAUCUCAAUCGACUCUGUUAAUACAGGAAACUUGACAAAUAAAAACAACAAUGCAAGUUCCUUUGAUAAGGGACACACAGAUGGUGGAGCUAUAUGCGCAUCGAAGGACCUAAUACAUCAGCAACCAUCUGAAAAUGAAUUCAGUCAUUUGCCUGUGGAACAGCGGAGAGAUAUGUUUGAAUCUCUCACAUCCUCCUUUGAAAAAAGAAGUGAAAAGAACUUAAGACUGGAACCCCUUCCCAAACAUGGUGUGAAGUCUGAGGAAUGUAAAUCUAAGCUGAGUCCCUCUCACUCCAAGACCACAGCUGAAAUCAAUACAGCAAAAGAGAAGCUAAAUCCAUAUAAUGAAUAUAGUAGCAGGGAAAGAUCUCUGAAAAAAAGUAAAUCAGAAUUAGAAAUCAAAUGGCCACCAGCAAAAAAAGUGGAAGUAGAAGAAGUCCCAUCAGCACCUACAUGGUGUCAUCGUGCCCAGAAUUCAGGAUCGAACUAUGAACCUAAAAUGGGUUUGACAACCUUUAAAGUUGUCCCUCCUAGACCUGAAGUAAGACAUUUUGAUAGAGGAGUUUCACUCUCCACUGGUGCCAUUAAGAUAGAUGAACUAGGCAACCUUAUAAGCCCAAACACUGGUGUUAGUAAACACAUACCAGGUUCUUCUUCUGAUGAAAGUGAGGAAAUUCAUAUUGGGAAAGUGAAGGCAUUCUGGAGGUCAAGUUCUAUGGAAAAGCAAAGUGAUGACUCUGCUGAGCAUUUUUCUAAAAAGUCAGCAGUCACCACGAGCUCUAAGCCCUUUACUGUAAAACAUGAACACAAACCUGUCUGUCUUGCAGCUCCAAAACUUGUAGCACCACAAAUUGUUACUACCCAGGUAGCCGAAAGACAGUCUGAGAAUGAAAGGACCAAACUACCUCUUCCAGUUACACAGUCUCAGGUAACACCAUUAGCAACCCCAACCAUUAAUAAGGAAAAGCUGGAACUUCCAUUUGUAAAGCCACAUAGGAGAACUUCCAGUCAGUAUGUUGCCUCUGCCAUUGCAAGACACAUCAAUGCAACUACCUUUAAGUCUGACUCUGUGGAGUAUCAUGAGAAAGAUGAAAACAAGCAAGGGGCAGGAGAGGUUAAGACUGAAGCAGAAGUUUCACCAAAAAAAUGUAUUAUUGUGGCCAAAUAUAGCCCUGUGGAAACAGAGUCAGCAGAAACAAGAGAAACACUUUCAAGUGUUUUUACUUGCAGUCAGAAAGCAUCCCACAGGUUUACACCUGGUGAUAAUUCUGGCUUGGAAAACAAAGUAGUUAGUAUCAGGGCACCAAAUCAAGCAACUCCUCUGAGUUUCUAUAAAAAGAAUGGCAGUGUCCCACUUACUAAAUCCUCCUCAAAGGAUAACAACAUUGCAGAAGAGGAUCGUGGUUUAAACAGCAAACAAAGUAUAGCAGAGAAAAAGACACGUCUCACGUUUGACCAGAAAUGUGAGACUUUGAUCCUUACUAAUUCAGCCUCAUCUCUUAAGUCUCCUGACCUCCAAGGAGUCCCAUCCUCUUUCAGCUCAUCUUUGCGAGUCGCUAAAUGGCCUCCUGCUAAUGGUGUUCAAGUUAAUUCGUUUAAAGCGUCAUCUGAGUUAAACGGUGCACCAGCAAAUGCAGAGUCAGAACAGGAGGAGAAACCUGAUGAUUCAGAUAUUAAUGCUGUCAGUGAAGUGGAUAUUAAUGUGCAGACCAAUAUCUUUGGACCAAAGAAGAAGUUCAAACCUGUCAUCCAGAAACCAGUUCCAAAAGACACAUCACUGCACAGUGCCCUAAUGGAAGCAAUUCAAACAGGAGGGGGAAAGGAGAAACUCAGAAAGGUUUCAAACAGUGCACUAAAUGGCAAUCACAGGAAAUCCUCAUAUGCUGAGCCAGAGAAUGCGCGCUCAGCCCUGCUAGCAGCAAUUAGAGGCCACAGUGGCACCUCAAAGCUGAAAAAGAUCUCCUCUUUGGCCUCUGAAGAGCUGCAGCGUUUUAGGGACGCAGAACUAUCCUUGCAGAAGGCAGAAGACCUUCAGGAAGAGCAGCUUUGUAUCCCACCUGCCCCUGCCCAGCCGCCACCACCACCUCCCAUUCAGCUGUCAGCAGCAGCUCCUAAAUCCUCUGCCACAGUUACAGGUAACCCAUUGGAGGCAAGGCAAGCUCUAAUGGAGGCCAUUCGCUCUGGUGCUGCAGCAGCAAAGUUAAGAAAGGUCCCUCUGCUUGUUUAAAUCGUAUAAAAAGAACAGAUAAUUGGAAAAUCUAACCCCGUAUGCAUCCAUAAUCAUCGUUCAAGCUCUGAAGUGGCAAAAAACAUCAAGAAGUUUAGUAUAUUCUCGUCUACAAGCCAAAAUAAGCUGUAGUUAAUUUUCUGUGUGUUCCUGCAUAAUGGUUCUAAGGGGGAAAUAUGUUGCUCUACUGUAAAGCUUCUGUGCCAAGGAAUUGUGUUUUGCCUCUGAAUAUUUAAAGUUGCCAAUAAACCAUUCUUGUUGGCAGGUUAAUAAGAAUAUAAACACUGUGCAGUCCUGUGUUAAUACUUAAUUGUAUUUAUGGGCAAAAUUAAAAACUUUACCAGCUAUCUGAAAAGUAAUAUUCAUUUUAAGUUGUUAAAAAUAUUUCAAACUAUUUCAAACUAUUUACUUGCUUCUUAUUUGAUUUCAAAAAGGACUGUAAAUGGUUGGAGUGAAAAUCAGAAUAAAGGUCUAUAAAAAACAAUCACAAGAAAAAAGUUAUGGUACCUAAGUUGUCAUAUGCUGGAGUCACUGGUUUUUAAAAUUAAAUUAACUUUGUAUCUCUGGUGGAGCUCUGAGAAAGCAGGCAAUUAAUAAUGAAUGUGAGACAGUGUCUACUGCAAAGUUACUUAUGGGAUAUGACGUAUAGAAUGCUAAUGUGCAGAGAUAUGCUGAACCCUAGUAACGUUCAUGGCACUUCAGAAAUAUUGAGCCACCUUAAAGGAUCUCUAUUUGCAACAGACUGUGAAGGUUUUAAAUAAGAUUCAGAGUCCUGCUUAGAGGUCCAAGAUGUAGAAUUCAUUCCUGCGCUGCAAAAUGAAGUGAAGCUGGUUUAUAUCAGUAACCAGGACUUUUGUGGACUCUUGUUCAGGUCGUGCAUAAGUUGGCCCUUUAUUUCUAAUUUGUAUGGCUGUUGUAUGUUGUCUCACAAGUAUUUAUAGCAGCAUCUUUUUCAAAUGUUAACUACUUUGGUAGUUGUUGUACAUAUUUUGAAAAUAUUUCGUUAAAUUGAUUAACUUAAAAAGGACAAAUGAAAAUGCUUUUUCACAUUUCCUAUAUUGUAAUGACACUGAAGAAGAGGAAGUUUGUACAUUUACAUUUUUAUAAUCAUAGACUAGAGUGCUGGCAGAUUCUUUUUUUUUUUUUUGAGCUGGAAUUUAAAAUGUAUAGUUAUGGACUGUUGAAAGCACAAGAAUAUUUAGCCAUCUGCAGUUAAUGUGACUAUAUAUUAUAUAUUAUUAUAUAUUGUAAAAUAUUGAUAUCUGUUAGUGCCACAAAUAAAAACAAAAUCAAAACCUGA